CCCAUAUCUUUUCAUAUAGUCACUUCUUUAAAAAUAAGAUUGGCGAUGGAUAAGAAAAGUGGUGGAACUAAAGCAAUAGAAGAAGCAACCGUUCCACUGUUGGAAUGUCAUAAUGCGGCAGAGGAAGGCGGAGGAAUGAAGAGAGAAAUAUGGAUAGAGACUAAGAAGAUAUGGUAUAUUGUUGGACCGUCGAUAUUUACUGGACUCGCUACUUACUCGAUCCUCAUCAUUACUCAAGCCUUCGCUGGCCACCUUGGUGAUCUUGAACUCGCUGCCAUCUCCAUUAUCAACAACUUCACACUCGGCUUCAACUACGGUUUACUCCUUGGGAUGGCGAGUGCGUUAGAAACGUUAUGCGGUCAAGCGUUCGGGGCAAGGGAAUAUUACAUGUUGGGAGUGUAUAUGCAACGAUAUUGGAUCAUUCUAUUCUUAUGUUGCAUCUUGCUUCUUCCUAUGUACUUAUUCGCGACGCCAAUUCUUAAGUUUAUUGGUCAGAGUGACGACAUUGCCGAGCUUACAGGGACCAUUGCCCUUUGGGUCAUCCCCGUCCACUUCGCCUUUGCCUUCUUUUUCCCUCUCAACCGAUUCCUACAAUGUCAGCUCAAGAACAAGGUGAUUGCAAUUUCAGCUGGAGUGUCACUUGCGGUUCAUAUUCUCGUGUGUUGGUUCUUCGUCUAUGGUUAUAAACUCGGAAUCAUAGGGACUAUGGCUAGUGUGAACGUGCCAUGGUGGUUGAACAUCUUCAUCUUAUUUUUGUACAGCACACGUGGUGGUUGUACACUCACUUGGACCGGCUUCUCCUCAGAAGCUUUCACCGGACUUUUAGAAUUAACAAAACUCUCUGCCUCUUCCGGAAUCAUGCUUUGCUUAGAGAAUUGGUACUAUAAAAUACUAAUGCUGAUGACCGGGAACCUAGUAAAUGCGAAAAUUGCUGUGGACUCCUUAUCAAUAUGCAUGUCGGUAAAUGGUUGGGAGAUGAUGAUUCCACUUGCCUUCUUCGCGGGAACCGGAGUUCGAGUGGCAAACGAACUAGGAGCUGGUAAUGGCAAAGGGGCAAGAUUUGCAACGAUUGUUUCAAUCACACUAUCGUUAAUGAUUGGAUUAUUCUUCACAGUCAUCAUUGUAAUUUUUCACGACCAAAUCGGCUCGAUCUUUUCGUCAAGUGAAGCUGUCCUAAACGCAGUCGAUAAUCUUUCUGUUCUCUUAGCCUUCACGGUUCUUCUCAAUAGUGUGCAACCAGUUCUUUCCGGUGUUGCUGUUGGUUCGGGUUGGCAAUCGUACGUGGCAUAUAUUAAUUUGGGAUGUUACUACCUUAUCGGGCUUCCGUUUGGGCUUACUAUGGGCUGGAUUUUCAAAUUUGGAGUCAAGGGAAUAUGGGCCGGUAUGAUAUUUGGAGGAACCGCAAUUCAAACGUUGAUAUUGAUUAUCAUCACUACAAGAUGUGACUGGGACAAUGAGGCACAUAAAUCAAGUGUGCGCAUUAAAAAAUGGUUGGUCUCGGACGCAGGAAACUGAAGAUGCUAUUUUAGUUGUCAAAUAAAAUUAUUUUGGAGCAUCCGUUUCGUAAAUCUAAAUCCUAUUUAUUGCAUAAAACACAUAGCUUAUGGUUUCAAUAUCACAUGAUUAGUUGAUUGAAAUGGGCUAAACCGGAGGAGGGAUUGAUUUGCUUUCUUUAUAAAUAACAGAAAAAAUAAUUAUGC